AUGAGAUGUUCGGAUGGUUACCGGAAGGACUUAGCCGUGCAGUAUCUGAAGGAAGAGGCGCUGAUAUGGUGGGAUGGUGUGGUGGAAGCAACUCAGGGUCGGUAUGAGUUGACUUACAAUGAUUUCAAGGAAGCAUUUGUUAAAAAGUAUUUUCCACCCGAAGUCUUGGAUCAGAUGGAGAGUGCCUUUGAAGACCUGCGUCAGGAAAACCGCACUGUGAGGGAGUACAAAGAGGAGUUCAACAGGUUGAGGAGGUUCUCCAGGAAGCACUUCACUCAGGCAGACUUGGUCCGUCAAUUCAUGAAGGACUUGAAGUUGGAGUUGAGGAGAAGAUGUUCUGUCAGGAGGUACCCCACAUUAGUGGAACUUGUGGAGAUAGCUGCCAUUCAGGAAGUCAAUUUGGAUGAGCUGAGGAGGACCAGGCAGGGUCAAGUCCGAGCACCCCGUGCCUUGGAGGCACCAAAGAUGACAUCGGAUGAUAUGGCAGCAGGGAGAGCCAAUGGGAAUGCUCUGGAGUGCCCGCGUUGUGGGAAGAGGCACACCGGACCGUGUGGGUUGAUUAAGUGCUAUGGAUGUGGAGGAGUUGGUCAUCAAGGCAGGGAUUGCCGAAGCGCUGCAAGGAUUGGCAAGUGUUAUCGCUGCGGGAGAUCAGGUCAUUUCAAGAAAGAUUGCAGGAUGCCACCGCUUGUUCCGCAGGAAGGAGGAGCAGCGCCAGGAGCACCACCAGCUAAGAGGCAGGCUGUUGGACCUCGUGUCUUCACCAUUGGAGAUCCUGAGGGAGCCGCACCGAUAGCUGGAUCGGUCUCAGUAGGGGGCGCGAUUGCAGAUACCUUGUUCGACACCGGUGCCACUCAUAGCUUCGUGAGCCCGAGGUUGACCAAGUGUUGGACCUUUUCUGGGAAGUUCAUUCCUAGGUUGAAGGCAGUGGAAACUGCUGGGAAUGAACAAGUCAGGACCAUUGGGGUACAUGAAAAUGUACCAAUUUUGUUGGAAGGUGCAGGAUUUCCAUGA